UGAUUGGCCGGCGGGCACGUCCCCUGCGGCGCGCGCUGACCUUGCCCCGCGGAGCCGCAGCCAUGGUGGCGUACUGGCGACAGGCCGGGCUCAGCUACAUCCGGUACUCGCAGAUCUGCGCCCAGGCCGUGCGGGCCGCCAUGAAGCCGCAGUACAAAGCGGAGGCGGAGAGGGCAGCGGUGGCCACGGUGAAAACGGUGAAACCCAAAAAGGAGUGAAAUGAGCUGAUCUGUGAUGAAUAACAGCAAACUGCAAAGCUGUAGGCAAGCUCAAGACUGCAGUGUAAUAUCAUCCAUCACAUGAACUGUAGAACUUGCCUUUGUAUGUAAAUUGGUAUGCUAAUAAAUGUAAUUUCUGAAUGUGUGGAAA